AUGGAAAACCUAGCAAGCGAACUCGAUCUUCUCAACUUGUCUACGAUGGACGGAUACGGGAGCAGAAGGCUGAUAUGGAACGACCCUCAUAUUCUUUCAGUCAAAUCAAAAAUCCGUAACGUUGGGAGGGUUUUCGUUACUGGGUAUGACAUUAAUCUUCCACAUGAUGAUGUCGAUGGAGCGUUGAGAAAACUCUUCUCACCAUGUGGACUGAUCACUGAUAUUUGUAUCCGCUAUAGAGAUAAUAGACUCGAAAGGCGUGCUGUUGUUUAUAUUGUGGGUGAAAGUACAGUAGAAAAGGCGUUGCAACUUAGUGGAAGUGACGUUGGAGGAUGGAAGGCCAUUGUUACCCCUUAUCCUUUUCCGAAAGAUGCAGGCCGUUCCAUUACCAUUUGGGUUAGUGGAUAUGACACCUCGCUUAGUGAGAUUGAUAUCGAGAGUGCAAUUCGUCAACAUUUCUCUUCAUGUGGAGAGAUAACUGAUGUCGAAAUUAGCAAGAGCUCAUCAGCUGAAGUUGAUAUUGAUGGAGAAGAUGCGCAAGACAAGGUGAUGGAACUUGAUGGAAGCCACAUGGGAGGACGCGAAUUACUUGUUGAUGUUGUUAGUGGGGGAGUAAACACUUUUCACAGGAAGCGUCAUUGUUACAUACAUAGCAGGGAUAGAUGA